AUGUUCUUUGAUUGUCCUGAACUAGAUCUGCUCCAACCAGACCCUGAUCCAGACCCUGAUCCUGAUCCUGUGGUUGAAUCUACACCUCCAACACCUUCAAAAUUCAUUCUUCCUGAGGUCAACCCCAUAUUGGAAUUUCCAGCAGUCAUGCACAUUUACUCUGCCUACCUUUUCUGUAAUGCUUGGUUUGGUGUGAUGUUGAGAAUGGGUUCUUGCAAUUGGAGGACUUGGAUGGACUAUUGCUCUGUGACAUUAAGGAAUGUGUAUCUCUGGUCACUUCGACAGGCUGAAAAUGUGCCAUGGCAGUGGAAAACACAUCCACCUGACAAAUGUGCUACCAGCAAAAGUAGAAAGCGUGCUGAAAGGAGGCGUCGCCUUGGUAAACCAAAGAGGCGCUCACACAAGAAAAACUUGCUCCUGGCUGCCUUCUCACUGCUGAAUAUGCAUGCCCAUGGUGAUUUGUCAUUGAAGUCUGAAAUUGCUGACCGAAAAUAUCUUCGCAAGUUCCGUGGUUACUAUGGAGAAUUGCAAACUGAAAAGCUGACACCAUCUGCUCGAGACAGACUCCGUGGCAAUCUUGCACAUCAACCAAAUGCAUUCAUUGCUACUGCUGGUGCUGACAGAACGGAGAGAGCUGUCUGGGACACUGGUGCAACCUUUCCGGCUGCCAACAAAGAUCCUUAUUCAAACCUGGUUCUCUUCGUGAGUUACCUAUUCACCAGACUAUGA